GGUUUGGUGAGAAAAUCCAGAUCACUGGGUGGGCCUACUGCCAGGACACCAAGGGUAGGGCCUGUGGGCGGGGCUCUUGGAAUAAAGGCUCAGAGGGCGAGGGGAGGGGCGGAAGUGACGUCGUGCUGGGCGGAUCCGGCCGCGCACAAUGGGCCAUGGAGUUCCCGUUCGAUGUGGAUGCGCUGCUCCCGGAGCGGAUCACAGUGCUGGACCAGCACCUGCGGCCCCCGGCCCGCCGACCCGGAACCACAACGCUGGCUCGUGUUGAUCUGCAACAGCAAAUUAUGACCAUUGUAGAUGAACUGGGCAAGGCAUCCGCCAAGGCUCAGCAUCUAUCCGCUCCCAUUACCAGUGCAUCAAGGAUGCAGAGUAAUCGCCAUGUUAUUUACGUGCUCAAAGACACUUCAGCCCGACCGGCUGGAAAAGGAGCCAUUAUUGGUUUCCUCAAAGUUGGAUACAAGAAGCUCUUUGUACUGGAUGAUCGUGAGGCUCAUAAUGAAGUUGAACCACUUUGCAUCCUGGAUUUUUACAUCCAUGAGUCUGUGCAGCGCCAUGGCUAUGGGCGAGAACUCUUCCAGUAUAUGUUGCAGAAGGAGCGAGUUGAGCCACACCAACUGGCCAUUGACCGACCCUCACAGAAGCUGCUGAAAUUCCUGAAUAAGCACUACAACCUGGAGACCACAGUUCCACAGGUGAACAACUUUGUGAUAUUUGAAGGCUUCUUCGCCCAUCAACAUCGACCCCCUGUUCCCUCUCUGAGGGCAUCUCGACACUCUCGUGCUGCUGCAGUUGAUCCCACGCCCGCUGCUCCACCAAGGAAGCUUCCACCGAAGAGAGCAGAGGGAGACAUCAAGCCAUAUUCCUCUAGUGACCGAGAAUUUCUGAAAGUAGCCGUGGAGCCUCCUUGGCCCCUAAAUAGGGCUCCUCGUCGUGCCACACCUCCAACUCAUCCACCCCCUCGCUCCAGCAGCCUGGGAAACUCACCAGAACGGGGACCUCUCCGUCCCUUUGUGCCAGAGCAGGAGCUGCUGCGUUCCCUGCGCCUCUGCCCCCCACACCCUACUGCCCGCCUUCUGCUGGCUGCUGACCCUGGGGGCAGCCCAGCUCAACGUCGCCGCACAAGCUCCCUUCCCCGUUCUGAUGAGAGUCGAUACUAACAACUACCCUACCCCUCUCUAAGAGACUCUGGGGGUGGGCAGAGACCCUUCUCCCUGAGAACUUCAGAUUCCCUCUUCUUUUGCAUCCUCUAGGACCUAGUGGAAACACAUAGAGCCCAUAGGAUUCCCUCUUCCCCUUUUUGUGGACAACUGGGUUGUCAGGUUCCCAAAUGGCCUAACACUUUAUAACUUUUCUUUUUCCUUUUUUAAAUUUUACUUAACUUUACCAUUGUGCUACUGAAGUUUAUCGCUUUUGUUACCACAGAAAUCACCCCUUCUCCCCUAACUUGGGCUCUGAAUACUCUCAGCACAGAUAGCCUGAUCUAUUUCCAGCCCCUUUGGUUGGGUGGCUCAUACGAAUUUUCUAGAAAAGCAACUAUUGCUUGCUGUCACUCUAGAACACUAUGGAAGGUCCCAGGGCUUCCUCCGAGAGGGAAACCUUUUAAGGAGUCUCAUCCAUGGAAUAAACCCCAUAUUUCCUCUACAGUGUCUGUUGGUAGGUCUAAUAUUGCUUUAUGCUGCCUGCCACACUUGCCAGUUGGGCCUGCUACUGCCAGCCAACAAGUGAGCUCUGCUUCAGAGCAGUCCAGUAGGGUAGUGCAGGGACUUACUAGCUCCCCAAAGGGAUCCACUCCACAUUGCCAAACUCUUUUUUUUUUUUUGCAGUUUCUGGCCUGGGCUGGGUUUGAACCCACCACCUCCGGCAUAUGGGACCGGCGCCCCACCCCUUUGAGCCACAGGCGCCGCCCAUUGCCAAACUCUAAUUUCCAUGUGUUGUGUGUGUGUCAAGGUACCCCAAACUAAUGUUGCUUUGGGGUCUCUAAACACCACUUCCUCCAUCCAGAUCCAGAUUUUUUGAGGGAAUUUGGGUUUUGGCAGUAGAUCCCAGCAAGCACCCUGGGAUCACUCUCAGCUGUUUCAGAAACUAAGCCAACAAUCUAUUAGACUUGAAAACUCCUCUCACAUCCAUCCUUCCCCUGAAGCAAGAUGCUAAUAUAUUUCUGUCUUGUGAGAUUGUCUUGAGAUGGGGGGGGGAACCACGAUUUUUCUGGCCUUCCUCUCCUCUUUCCUCUGUAGCAAGAACUUCCUUCCCUGCUUCAUGCCCAGGGUAUAGCUAGAUCCUUCCCCUUCCCUACCCUCUGAAUGUGUGGUAGAUCAGGUACCUCCACUAUGUUCCCUGAAAUCCUUGGGAGCCGGAUCUCCCCCUUUCCCCCACUCACUCCUCCCUUUUCUUCUUCCACUCAGUGUUGUCUGAAUAAAGUGUGAAUUCUUCUGUGUUUUCUAAAUUGACAUUUUCAAUGAAAAAAAAGAAAACACAAAAAAACUUAAUGUGUCAGCCUCAUUUGUGCAUCACUCCAUAUUUUCCUGGGAUCUCAGGAUUUCUAUCCAUCCCAUCUUCUUCACUUCUGAGAUCUGCAGAUCUUUUACCCAGGGGUCUUAGAACUCCCCUUCCAGGAUUUGGUAUCUGCCCAUCCCCAUCGACAUUGCUGGUUCUUCUCCUGCAGUGUCUGUGUUUCCUCUCAUGCAAUUGCUGGAUACCUCCAGGAACCUCCAGUUCUCCCUAGUGAAUUUUACCCUUUAACCCAGGCCAGCCCUUGCUGUUAAGAUUUACCAACAUUGUGGCAGGCGCCUGUAGUCCCAGCUACUCAGGAGGCUGAGGCAGGAGAAUCGCUUGAGCCCAGGAGUUGGAGGUUGCUGUGAGCUGUGU